AGGCAAACGAACCUUUGCCAGCGGAAGGUACUUGCGCAUUGUGAGCCGGCAGGGGCCCGGACCCACCUUGCUGGAGGGUGGACAUCACAAUCUCCGCGAGGCAGUUUCAACUGACAACCAGCUGCAGGCUGAAGGCUGCGGGGACUGUGCCGAUGUGUGUGCUUCUCCGACAAUGACACCAUCCAGUGCAGAGAUCACGUGGGAGCAGCGCGCUCCCGAGAUCUUGCCACAGGCCUUCAUGCAGGAGAUGCUGGCCGAAACGGUGAAGAACAUGGAGGCCAUGCUCGACGCGAAACUUUGGCAGCUGCAGGUGAAUCUUGAGGAUGGCUUGCAGCAGCUCCGAGAUGGAUUCACGAAUGGCCAGGAAGCUCAUGGGGAACGCAUCGAGUACUUGGAGAAGGCUCUGGGUGAUUCUUCUGAGAAGCACACACAUGAGCUUGAAGCAUUGAAAGCUGCCUUAGAGGAGGCAGAGGAGUCUGUCGCGCGCUGGCAGCGAGCCUGGAGCGUCGCAACGGGGAGGAAGGGCUGGUGGCCAGGCUGGCGCAUCUCGAAGCUGCGCUGGGAGAUCAGGUGGCUGCACUGA